AUGGAGGAGUCUAAGGAUAGCAAGGAUAAGAAAUACGAUAUCUUUCGCGAUUCACCGCUCCGAUAUUUGGGAUAUGCAAACGAGAUUGGCGAAUCGUUUCGUUACCAAUUUCCCAAGUUUGUUGCUCCGUCCUAUGUAGUGGCGUUUGGAUAUUGCUUUGCAGAUGCCGCGACGUCGGGGUACGAUAACUACCAAACGGGGAUUCAAAGUGGCUCGACAACUGCGAAAGUAGAUUCUCUGGUGGCGACGGCGGAUACUCUCAUCUGGCAAUCGUUGGCCAGUGUGAUGAUUCCAGGGGCAACCAUUAACAUGGUGGUAAAGGCAUCGGGAUUUGCGGUUUUGCGAAGUCCAGUGACCUUUCCAGUUGCAGUGGCCAAGUGGAUCCCAACAGUUACAGGACUUGCUUCCAUUCCGGGCAUUAUCACACCUAUUGAUCAUGGUGUGGAUUUUUUUAUGAACAAUACCUUUCGGAAAAUCCAAUGGCCAGGAGCUUCGCCUGUGGAACAAUCAAAGGGCGAUGACACACCAUGA